UGGCCGCACUCUCAGUCCCGAGCUCGAUUCGUGGAGUUAUCGUUCCUCUCUCUUGGCCCCUAGAGCCAGCGAGCCCAAAAUUUCCCGAGUGUGUGAAGCAACGGCAGCGUCGAGCGGCAUCAGCAGGAAGCGACAAUCGUCGUCCGUUUGUUAUAUCGUGUUUUUCAGCGUUUCUGUCGUGUCUAUUCGCGACACGCACGUCGAAUCUCAAGCGCGCGCGCUUAAAUAAACGCGUUCGCCGACUCACGAACGGCCACUCAUACGGACACCGGAGAGGAGGGCGAGCCCGAGUAUAGUGUGAUCCAUUAAAGACGGUGUCAACGAAAAAAGAAAAGACAAAAUGUCAGACAGAAAGGCAGUAAUCAAGAAUGCUGAUAUGUCAGAGGAGAUGCAGCAAGAUGCUGUUGAUUGCGCUACCCAAGCUCUUGAAAAAUAUAACAUAGAAAAGGAUAUUGCGGCAUAUAUCAAGAAAGAGUUCGAUAAGAAGUACAACCCGACGUGGCAUUGCAUUGUAGGACGUAAUUUCGGUAGCUACGUGACGCACGAAACAAGACAUUUUAUCUAUUUCUACCUUGGCCAAGUAGCCAUUCUUCUCUUUAAGAGCGGAUAAGCUCGUUUCUCUUCUCCUAAACUCCAUCCUUCCUUUUUCCUUCCUCCUUCUCCCUCCCUUGCUCACUAUGCAAAAUACAGACAUUUAAAAUCACCACCACCAUGUGUAAAAGGAACUUCAUUAUGUAUAUGUAUACAUUAAAAAAUUUAUUUUAAAAAACAACGCAUGCGCUCGAUAAGCAAGUAAACAGAAAUAUCAACUUGAUAUAUUGUUCGUCGUUAUAAAAGUGGGAGAUUAAUGCGGAGAAAAAUUUUAGGGAAACACUGAAGGGUAGGGAGAUAAACUGGAAAAAAAUGACAUACAACCUUACAUGUUAAAAUGUAUUUUGUAUGCCAACAAGUUUGUUGUGUUCUUGUUUUAUAUUAUUAGGUGAAUAUGCAAAAUAUGGUUGAGUUCAAUACUGGCGAUUUUAAAUUAGCAAAUUUUAGCAUAAUUGUUUAAUAUAUAGUGUUCAAGUAACACUGUAAGUGCACUACCAUAUAAUUAGGUGGGCUCGCGCGAAGCGUACCCUGCUUGAUUCUACCUAAAGAUGGAAUACGUGAUAUUCAUAGCUAAUCGCCAAUAAUGAAUAUAAGCCCAAAUGAGAAUUAUUACUCCCGCAAUUGUUAUUUUAUUUUAAUUGGAAAUCGUUGUCUCUUAUGUGCUACUACAUUUUGAUUAAUCCGAUCUUGUACUUGCUCCAGCGAUUGACAUUUUUUUGUUUAGAUUAAGAACUGUCAAAAUAAUUGAACAAAAAAAAAAAAAAACUGAGCUCAAUCAUUGUCUCGACGUACGAUAUCGUCAUCGUGCACACAAUACUCUAUUAAUAACAACUUUAUUUCGAUUGAUAUAAAACUAACAUGCUACUGAAUAACGA